AUGAGUCGUAGCUUAGGUAUACCGGUAAAGCUUCUACACGAAACCACAGGACACAUCAUGACCGCAGAGCUGAAGAGCGGAGAGCUCUACAGAGGCAGCAUGGUUGAAUGCGAAGACAAUUGGAAUUGCCAACUCGAGAACAUCACUUUCACAACUAAGGAUGGCAAGGUAUCACAACUUGAGCAUGUUUUCAUUCAAGGAAGCAAAGUCAGGUUUAUGGUGAUUCCAGAUAUGCUUAAGAAUGCUCCAAUGUUCAAACGUCUAGAAGCUAGAAUCAAGGGCAAGGGUUCAGCACUUGGCAUUAGACGGGGACGUGCUGUUGCCAUGAGAGCCAGGGCUCAGGCUGCUGGUCGUAGAGCUCCACCAGGGAGGGGCAUUGUGCCACCUGUAAGGAGGUGA